AUGAAAACUCGUGGUGCACCAUCACUUCGGAUCGAGACAGAACUCAUAGGCAAGAAUCGAAAGGCUGCUACACAGGCUCUGGUCGACAGCGGAGCAACAGGCAUAUUCAUGCAUCCCAACUUUGUGGAAAGGCAUGGAAUCAGGACACAGAGGACUCCCCACCCCAUCCCAGUCAAUACGGUCCAAAACACGGAAUUCAAAGGAGGACCGAUCACGAGGUUCGCAGAACUCAAACUACGAGUCUUAGGCGAACAAGGGGGAGCGCACAUCGAGUCGGCAAGAUUCUACAUCGCCGAAAUUGGAAAAGAGGACGUCAUUCUAGGAACCGACUGGUUAUUGGAACACAACCCAGAGGUCGACUGGCACGCGUAUGGACUACACUUCACCAGGUGCCCACCGACAUGCGACAUCAUAGGAGGACCAGUCAAGGCAAAACGAGCCUUUAGGAAACCAGGACGUCAAGAACCAGGAGUACGGCGCAUGGUGACAGUACCGCGAGAGCGCGACUACUCAAUCCCAUUGCAGAAGCCAGGGAAAGGACAGCUAGGUCGGAAAGUGGGAAACACUACAGUACCACAUCCGCGGAUAUUGCCUAAAAUCCGGGGGUCGCAACCCAAAGGCACGAACAGGGAGUACUCGCUCAGGACCCAAGCCAGAAAUUACAUGGCACCGACGUGGGCAGAAGAGGAGCCCCAGGAAGGUGGUGGACCGCUAUCGGCUCUACCUUCCACGGACCUAGACGAAGAUGGAGUAUACCUCGUCAGGUAUCUGGAGACAGGGCAACUAGAAGCCCUGGAGUUAUACAACGACCGCGAAGAAGGAUACGACAUCCAUCGCGUGGAAACCUCCGUCGCCAAUACACCGGCACGCAAGGCGGAGCCUGCCAAGGCAGCGAUAGGCAAGCAAACGAAGCACACCAAUUCACAGAAAUUGGCAGAAGAGGCCUCGAAAGGAAAACCCGAAUUAUCCUUCGAGGAAAUCGUACCCAAAGUAUACUGGAGUUAUAGGAAGGUUUUCGAAGGUCGAAAACCUGGGAAACUACCUCCCAAACGACCAUGGGACCACAAGAUCGAACUCAAGGACGACAUAGAACACUCGCUCAGGCCGAAACUUUACAGCCUCAGUCCCAUGGAGCAAGAGGAACUCAAGAAAUUCAUCGACGAAAGUCUCAAGAAGGGAUUCAUCAGGGAAUCCAAGUCGCACAUGGCAUCACCGUUGUUAUGA